UUUUCACGCUGCACAUGCGCACGACAAGCCUGGUUUGAAGUCAGACAAACGCGGUAAUGAUGUCUAACAAGUUGCAGUGAAAGAAACAUGGAUCGUGUUUGGUGUUUGUUUUUCCUUUUUACGUGUGUAAUUGUACAAAAUGCACAAGACGUGGAAGAUCCCUGCAAAACGGCAUACGUUUUGGAAAAAAUGGAUCAACGAUAUAAGGAGAACAUCGCCACAGGUUCGAUGCUGUGUGAUCGUUUCCGGUUAGGGAAUGGACGCUGGGUCAGGGCAGACGGACAAGACUUGUUACAGACAGAGCCCCAACCACACGAGUUAUGUGGAACCCGCUACCCUAUAUGGAUGAAAGAGCCUCCUCCAGAAACUGUUGGUGAGGAGGUUGAAAAAGAGGCGUGUGUAGUUGGAUUGAUGGGCACAUGCGAAAAAAAGCUGCCGAUCAAGAUCAAGAAAUGUGUCGGUUACAACGUUUAUUUCCUGACUCCCCCAACAAACUGCUACAAGGCGUACUGUUUCCAAUAUUCUACUGAAGAUGCUCCACCGACUGAGGUGAUACCACAGCCAGUAGUACGUCAUGAUUUGGUCAGGAAAGAGGGUAGGAUAGCCUAUCAAGAACUACAAUUCAUCUGUUCCUUUCCUCCUGCACAUGAGGACACCAAUUUCUACUAUCAGGUGGUGUGGUAUAUUGAAGAUAAACCUGUGGUGGUGACAGAGCCUGUCAAAAAAGAUUCCAUAACCAAAACAAAUCUAGGCCGAAGCCUUGUAGAUCCAACGAAAGGAUAUCUGAAACUUGGAAUAAAUAUAAAGUGCGCUGUGCGAUUAAAACAAAAACCUGAAGGUGCUCCAGGACCUCUCUCCACGCUCAGUGAAAACUUCUUUGCUGGUAUUGAAGUCAAAUCAACGAAGGUUAAAAUCAAAAGAGAUGAACCACGUGGUCAGAUUGACGUCAAGUUAACGGUUCCGUUUGGUUGUCCCUUUAUGCCAGACGGCAGUGUAGAAAACUGUGGAUUGGACAUCGAGAUGAACGUGCCAAGAGAUCCAACAAAAUGUACUUCUGAUGUAAAAGCCGCCAAAGCAAUGGAUUUGAUUGGUCAAGGGAAGAACUGUGGGUUUAGAAUUCUCAACAUGGAAUGGCAAGAGACAGUUGCUCUUCCCAUUUCAUUUAUUGACACACCAGAAUACAAUUUAGUACUUCCGGAUUCACCAGAUGGCGCUUUUAGGAUCGGAAUGAUAACUGGACAGAAGGAGGGAAGUCCGGAGUGGAGUGGGAUCGAACUCCAGGAUGUUUUUGUCCAUAUUGCUGACAGCUCCGACAUCUGGCAGGGCAAAAAAUGUGCCGCCGUAAACGAUCCCCAUAUGUACACGUUCGACGGAAGGGGGUACGAAAACCAAAACGAGGGGAGAUUCGUUCUGUACUGGGGAAAGAGGAAGGAUUUUCCAAUGGAGGUUCAGAUUGAGACAACAGCAUGUAACUCAAACAGAGGAAUUCGUCGACAGCCCUACUGUGUCUGCGCUGUCGCCGUACGGGCGGGGGCGGACGUGUUCGUCAUUGAUCGAUGUCCAAAUAAACCCAUACGGAUUAAAUACCUGUCCUGUAAAGAGAACCUUUUGGACGCUCGUAAAGAAACGGAGAUGGAAUACAAAAUAUAUUUCCCGAGCGGUACAUACGUUCACGCGCUGUUACAGGACUACACUGGAGUACGGACAAUCAACGUACACGUGUAUCCGUCCAAAUCUGACCACGAUCGGACGGGCGGACUGUGUGGAACUCUGAACGGAAAUAGAAAUGAUGAUUUCAUGGACAAGGAUGGUAAUUUACUGAAUGGUAACGAAGAAUUUAAUCGAUAUUGGAGUCUGAAGGAGGACGAGUUUCUUGGAAACAUGAACGAGGACCAGUUAAAUGCUUUGCCUCGCUGGCAGAACGCUGUAAUGUACUGUACGUGUCCUCACAAGCAAGUCCAAGGCGACACACCGGAAGAAGUUGGCCAGUGUACCGAAGACGCUAUUGUGAAAUGUGCCAAGGAGGACAACCCAGCACUCAACAAGAACAACUGUCGAAUCCGAUCGAAACGAUCUGCUGUUAAACCGUUCUCCUUCAAAAUGUUCAAGAGACAAGACAUUCAAUUGACAGACUUUGACGAGGUUCCAGAAUACCUUUCAAGGAAUAAGCGAGAAACAGAAAUUAUUUGGACAAAGGAAAAAGCGACAGAAUUUUGUAAUAACUUCAUCAAAAAGUCUCAGACCUACAAUGCUUGUAAUGAGGUUCCUAGUGUUUCUGCAGAUUUCCCCAUAGAAUCCUGCAUCCUGGAUAUAGAGUUGACCAAUUCUACAGUUUGGGCUGCAGGUAGUCGAGAGGCUUUGAGAACAACUUGUAUGAAGGAACUGUCACAGAAUACCACACUGAAGGAAGUUACAGAGGAAGGAAAGCCAUCUAUAGCCGAACAAGUGAAAAAGAUUGCCUGUGUAAAUGAAUGCAGUGGCAACGGUGUCUGCCUUAACGGUACAUGUGAAUGCGAUGAAGGUUUUGGGGCCAAGGAUUGUUCUAUGGACCUAAACAAACCCCCAGUAGUGUAUGGGGUGAACAUUGAGGAGGGUGGUCUCUGUGAUAAAAGAACCUGCCAGAGGGCUCUGGUGGAAGGCUACGGGUUUCUAAACAUGGAUACUCUCCAGUGUUCUCUGACAGUUUUUCAGGUUACAGAAAACAAGACAUUAGUCGGUGACGUCAUGGAGUACAUGGUUCAAGCUGAACACGACAGUAUAGCCGAAGUGUUCUGUCCCCUGGGACCGGCCAGGAGAAGACGCUCUGUCCCCCGGGGGUUCGUUCAGGGAAUCACCCUCUCCGUGGCCAACAACGGCCGUAACUUCAGCACACAUCACACCAUCUAUGUGUUGGACGGUGUCUGUCAGGACACGGUCAAUGUUUCCGGGGAUAUCCAGUUCACUCUCAGGAGAGGGCAUUGUUACAUCAGUAGGAAAUGUUACGGCGAUGGCCACAUCCAUGAAACCGAUGAAUGCAUGAACUGCAAUGCUGAAAAAAGUACUAGUGAAUGGAGCAAAGUGGAAGGUUGUGGCUUAGUGGUAGAGGAGUCUGAUGGCAAACCGGAAGUGGAACCGGAAGAGGAUAGUUUUCCGACAACCGUGGUUGUUAUAGUACUAGUGUGUGUUCUAGUUCUAGCGGCUUUGAUAGUAGCUUUAAUACUAUACAGGAAGAAGAAACACUCGGCCAGCCAUUCCAUAAAAUUAGAAGAUAGGGUCGCCUACAGCGAGGUAGCUACACAUGAAGAGACGUGAAAGUUGGGCUGUCUGUUUGCCUGUCUGUCUGUCAGUCCGCCAGUUUAGGUUGUUUGCAUGCCGUUUGUCCUGCAAACAAAGUUGGUCGAAAAUAAACUGAAGCAUUUUAAACGAGAAGAAAUCGUCUUUAUUACAAGCGAUCUCUGUCAUUUAUUCUUUGAUGUCAUUUUAUUUACAAAGUGAAAUUGCUUUGAGCUUGUGAACGACCAUUGCAUCUACACAUUUUUUUUUAAUUGUUAAAGGCCUAAACACUGUACAUAAAGUGGUUCCCGGAUUUUAUGACAAAUAGAGUUAUGUGCAAAGAUGCACUGAAUAAUGUUUUUUUUUUAAAUUGGUUAUUUUUGUAAUAUGUAUAACGCAAUGUUCAAAGAAAAGAUGUAUUAUACAUGUUAAUUUAUAGAGCAUUUCAUUCUUUUCUUCCAGAAAAUUGACUAUAUUUUUUCAAAUAUACAUGGAGAAAAAAAAAUUACCAUAUGAUAACAUAUGAAAUAUAAAUCAGUAAUUUUAUUUCCAAAGUUAAAAAGUAAUUGCGUUUCUAGCUUUUUUUUAUUUGCAUGUGUAUGAAAGUUGUGUAAACAUUUCAGACUUUACCGUGAUGUCUGUGUAAAUUGUGUAAAUGCGAUUGUAUACACCAACGUGCAAUAAGUACUAGGAACCCUGAGUGGUGCCUAUUUGUAGGCUUGUAAUUUUUAUUUUACUGAGGGGCACUUGCAAUAAAAGCUUUGUCAUGUUAUAUAAUAUUAGUAUUAGCUGCCUCCCGGUAGAUUAUGUGUACCUUACAGGCUCAUUUGCCAGAGAAAGGUCUAUUACAGAUAUUGUCAAACAAGUCAAGAGUAAUCUCAUGCAGAUUUGGCCAAUGAAAUGGGUAUAUGCGCGCGUUCACCAAAUCUUCUUGAAAAUUUCAGCCCAAAAUCUGGUGGUUUUCUGGAAUGAAAAUCGGAUAAAUAUUACAGUUAGGGGGUACUAUCCCGAGAUUUGGUGAAGGUAUGUGUCCAAAUUAUUCAUUUCAAGCUUAAUCAUUCCGAUAUUAGAUUGUUUUUUGUUCAUAAAUUAAUAUCGUUUAAUAAAUGGAUAUUUUUAAGGAAAUAAAUGUUACCCUUAUUUUUUAAAUUCAUUUCAUGUGUAUGACUUUCAUUGGGUGUUUACAGCAUACAAAUGUAUUUUAAGGAAUUUAAUUUUUCUUUGUGUUUCAUUAUUGUGCGUCGUUCCAUAAUCUGCGUGCUUACGUAUGUAACAUAAGGUGCUUUAAUUCAGUAUUUACAAUAUAUCUUAUUUUUGCCUAUUUAUACAACCAUUUUUAAACAUAAGCAUGAUAAAUAUUUUAAUUAUUUUUCAUUACUUGCAACUCUGUAUGAAUUUUUCAUACCUAUAAUGUUUAAUUAUCCAGAAAAAAAAUAUUAUUUUUGUUUAUUGUAACGAACUUGUGUUUCUUAGAAGUAAAUUCGAUUGAGGAUUGGAUACACUUCAUUGUAUGUAUGUCUCACUGUAAUGACAAAGCAUGUCUAAUGAUGUUUUAAUCGUCUGUUUCACUUGACUUUCAUUUCUCAUUUGAUGCUGAGAUCAAUUUUGUAAUAUAAGAAAAAUUAAAACCAACUCACAAGU